AAAAUAAUAAAUACAAUAAAUAAUGUAAAUGUAACUUUACAUUAAACGGCAUUUGGUUUUAUUUAUCCAGUUUGCUUAGGUCUUUCUCAUCUCUAUUAACGUGAGUAAUACAUCCCGUAGCUUCCCCAUGAACUACAACAAGGAAGUUCCUGCUUGUCAAACGGAAAGUCUCGUUUGUCAAGUGAAACUGUACUGUCUGUCCUGUACAUUCGCUGUGGGAAAGUCAGGGUUUAACUACGUGAAGAUUGUUGUAUUGUAUAUUAAAUGCUACUGAGAAGUUAUCAGUUUCCUCUACAUGACUUGUUUACAGUGGCACUGACAAGAAACUGACAAGAAAAGGAAGAGAAAAAAAGAGAGACUGAAAUUCACAAAGCCAAAUCAAAAUUGGUUCAGCUUUUUAUGCAGAACACAGAAGAACAUUUCAUACAGAUACGGCGGUUCGACCACCAUGACAGCGAGUACAGAAAACCAUCUUUGGUCCACUGAAGAUAUUCUUGGUCAGGGAGCGACCGCGAGUGUCUACAGAGCCAGAACCAAAAAAACAAGUGAAGUGGUUGCAGUGAAGGUGUUCAACAUGGCCAGCUACAGCAGACCGUACGAGGUACAGAUGAGGGAGUUUGAGAUGCUGCGGAGGCUGAAUCACGUCAAUAUCGUCAAACUCUUCACCAUAGAGGAGAUGCAGGCAAACCCCAAACAGAAAGUUUUAGUAAUGGAGUAUUGUUCAGGGGGAAGUCUUUUGAAUCUGCUAGAGGAACCUGAAAAUGCGUUUGGCCUGCCCGAAUCUGAAUUCCUUAUAGUGAUGCAGUGUGUAGUUCACGGGAUGAACCAUUUGCGUGAGAACGGGGUGGUCCACCGAGACAUCAAGCCAGGUAACAUUAUGAGGCAGGUGGGGGAGGACGGAUGCUCAGUCUACAAACUCACAGACUUCGGCGCUGCUCGGGAACUGGAGGAUGACGAGAAGUUUGUGUCGAUCUAUGGCACGGAGGAGUACUUGCAUCCCGACAUGUAUGAGCGUGCAGUUCUGAGGAAGCCCCACCAGAAGACCUUCGGAGUGACCGUAGAUCUGUGGAGCAUUGGUGUAACUUUCUACCACGCUGCAAGCGGCAGCCUGCCUUUCAUACCGUACGGAGGACCACGCAGGAACAAACAGAUAAUGUAUAAGAUCACCACUGAAAAGCCAGAGGGGGCUAUCGCAGGGGUUCAGAAAGUUGACAAUGGACCCAUAGAGUGGAGCUAUCAUCUUCCCCACUGCUGCCAGCUUUCAGAAGGGCUGAAAAUGCACCUGGUUCCAGUGCUGGCCAACAUCCUGGAGGCCAAUCAGGAGAAAUGCUGGGGGUUUGACCAGUUCUUCACCGCUACCAUGGACAUCCUCCAACGUGUGAAAGUGCACGUCUUCUCACUUCAGCAAGCCACCCCCCACACCAUCUACAUCCAGUUUUACAAAACCAUGCCAGUCUUGUUUGAAGAAGUCCACGCUCAGACAGGGAUUGGAGCAGAAAUGCAGCAGUAUCUGUUCCAGGGUCACCCACUCAUCCUGGGUGAUGAGCCCAGCAUGAAAGUGAUCAACCUGCCGCCCACCUCUGCAGAGCGACCCAUCUUUCUGCUCAGCAGACGAGCCGAGAAAAUCGCAGUACUGCCUCCCAGAGAGCCCGAGACCCCAGUUUUCCCCUCGAGGUUUGAUGUCAUGGCCGACCACACUUUCUCAAAGACCCUAGUCGGGGUGAUCCACCAAUUUCUCCGGACAACGCGGCUCCUACACAAGCACAGAGACCUGAUUCUGCAGGGAUUCUAUAGUCAUAUUGAAAGUGUUCGUAUUGAAUGCAAUAAAACAGCACACAAAAUCGCCAUGGUGAAUAUGAAGCUGCUGUCCUGCCUGAACACAGAAGAAACACUGGACGCAAUAAGCCAGGUUCCACUUGAUGUACCACUUUCAUCUGACAACAUGCAGAAACUCAGAUUGAUCCAUGAGAAACUACCUAUGUACGGCAGCGGCAUCAGAGAAAUCCAGAACAAACUGCAGCAUCUGCAUGUGGAAGUAGCUGGGCACUGCAAGACACUGACUCAGGACAAAUGCAUACAGAAGAUGGAGGUGCUUCUUGAGAAGAUUGUGGCUGUACAUCGACAGUUUCGCAAAGACAGACAAAUUGGCAAGCUCAACUACAAUGACGAGCAGAUUCACAAGUUUGAAAAGAUUAACCUGUCAGCCCACAUUAAGAAGGUGAAGGCUCUGUUUCGAGAUAACUGCCUGCAGAGGUAUCAGGAGGUUUUGGCUUCUGUGGUGGCAUGGACCAGUGAACUAUCUGACAUUCAGUCAAAGUUAGAACACUUCAGCAGUUUCUUCUUACAGCUAAUAGGGGAUCUGCAGACGUGUGAAGGACAGCAGACAAAGGUUUUGGACAGAGCGUUGGUCAUAGCACUUCAGAGACCAGCUGGAGCAGAGGCCAAUGAUGGAAUGAAGAAUCGAGACAAUAUGAUUCUUAGGAUGAAGAGACUAAGGGACGAGAUGGAAACAGUGGCUCGAGAGCUGCAAAAUAACAACCUUAUAAUAGAAAGUCUCAGAGCUUUCAACUCUACGCUGGUGCUGGAUCCUAGUUUACCACAGCCGAAAGGAUCAUGACGAUCCUAAAGAGCUCCAUCUAGUGUCCGAUGUAAACAGCCCGCAGUCAGAGCCAGAUACAGCCUGGGGAAUGCAGAUGAGCUUGGGAAUGAACAAACAGGUGACUGAAACAAGACUUUUUCAACCUGUUGUGAGACCACUGGCUCUCUGUAGAUGCUCAUAUCAAGUUCAAGUUCUUGAUGCUGAUGAGAAACCAAAUGAACUGUUCAUACAACUAAUUCACCCACCUGUAUUCCACAAUGCUUACCCCAGUCUGUGAGAGGAAAAUCACUGCUGAUACCACCACUGCAUAGUACUUAGUCUAAGUCACUAUUAGUCACUUAGUCUCUUGUCAAUAUUAGUUCUGUACUGGAAAAAUGAACUGUUCAAGUUUCUUGAGUGCCUACAAGAAACACCUAACUGUUUAUGUGUGUACAUUAUUAUUAUUAUUAUUAUUAUUAUUAUUAUUAUUAUUAUUACUAUUAUUAUUAUUAUUAUUAUUAUUAUUACUAUUAUUAUUAUUUUAUUAUUGUUGCCACUCUUGACCAAGGCCCUUAACACUCUCUGCUCCAGGGUGUUGUAUCAUGGCUGACCCUGUACACUGACUCCAACUGCCUAACAAGCUGGUAUAUGCAAAGAAAAUCAUUUCACUGUAAAGUAUAUGUAACAAAACAAAAAAAGACUUCUAUAAUAAAGAAUCAUUAGUAUUAUUGUUAUUAACCGAUAAUAUGUCUUGUUUCAAACAAGCUAUAUCUUUAAAAGAAAAUACUGCACCUGUUUCACUUCAAAAUACAUCCUGUUACAGAAUUAAACCCCACUAUAAUUUCUGUUUCGCAUUCUCUUGAACGUAAACUGCUGAAUAUUACAGGCGUUUGUAUUAUUAUAUUUUUAUUAGUGUGUAUUCUUCAGUCUCACUUGAACUUUGCUCACUUGAAAGUGCUUUGCGAUUAAAGCUUGAAUUCCAACCACA